AUGGAACAUAGCCCUCUACGUUGGGACGAUAGACGCAGCGGUCAAGAGGUCGUGCUCGUGCGAACAGAAACAUCUCGAUUGAGAAGAAGCAACAAGCCGACCAAUGCUCAAACGGCUGAUGGUGCAGCUUUGCUGCGCUGGGUCUGCGGAAGCCUGCCGUGUUGCAAAGGCGCUUUUCUACCGAAUCAAAUUCCCUCUUCGGCAAGUCGCCGAACACUUCGCAGGGAUGCAGUCCUGAGCACGGCUGCCAGGACAGCUGCAGCCAGUCAAAAGCCAGACCUCACGGAGCGACAUCAUGAGAUGGUCUCAGGAAUCCGUUCGACGACAAGUGAAGAGGACUAUGAAAGGAAGAGAACGGCGCUGCGAGCAGAAAUUGGCCGGCACAAGUUUCGUUCCAACCCCACAUCGGCGCGGUACGUAAAUUCCUGGUCGCCGGCCUCGGCUGACCUUUACCAUGCAACUGGUGCAGCUCAGUUCUGUGCAUACCGACAUGAGCCGGUCAUGCUUCGGCCUGCGCACCUCCAAUCAGGAUUCGUCCACGCUGCGUCUCUCCGCAUCCGUGCAUCCGUCCUUCCCCGCCGGAAAAGUUCGGAAGCAUCCAGAUGCAUCGGCAGUGAAGAAGGCAGUCGUGCAAGGUCCCAAAAAUUGACCGAGCUUGCCAAAAACGAUCGGAGCGCCGGACCGGUCUACGGCAGCGCACUGCACGCGGUUCUUCCUCGCCGUGUCUUCCGGCACCAAGCUUCGACCAAGAAUCUCGUGGGUGAAAGAAUUGCCGCUCUGCCUCGCAACGGGGUCUGUAUCAACUCACCUUGA